GCGCGCGUGCGCGGCGCCGCAGUCUGUGGGUUGGCUGGUUAUUUUGCAAGCGGGAGGGGUCGUGCGCGCUCCUGCCUUCGGUCUCUGUCCCCCAUCCCCCCUUCCCCGGUCCCGGUCUCUCCUUCGGAAAGAUGUCGGACACGGCAGUAGCUGACACUCGGCGCCUUAACUCGAAGCCGCAGGACCUGACCGACGCUUACGGGCCGCCAAGUAACUUCCUGGAGAUCGACAUCUUUAACCCACAGACGGUGGGCGUGGGCCGCGCGCGCUUCACCACCUAUGAGGUUCGCAUGCGGACAAACCUACCUAUCUUCAAGCUGAAGGAGUCCUGUGUACGACGGCGCUACAGUGACUUCGAGUGGCUAAAAAAUGAGCUGGAGCGAGAUAGUAAGAUUGUAGUACCACCACUGCCUGGGAAAGCCUUGAAGCGGCAGCUCCCUUUUCGAGGAGAUGAAGGGAUCUUUGAGGAGUCCUUUAUUGAAGAAAGGAGGCAGGGCCUCGAACAGUUUAUUAACAAAAUUGCUGGGCACCCACUGGCUCAGAACGAACGCUGCCUACACAUGUUCCUGCAGGAGGAGGCAAUUGACAGGAACUACGUCCCUGGGAAGGUGCGCCAGUAGGAGCCCCUCUCACCACUUGCCCUCUACUUUCCUGCUGAAAUGACAUUGGUUUUUACACUAAGCCUCUCUCUCUCUCUCUUUGAUCUGAAGUUGGCUCUCCAUCCCCUGGCCUGAUAGACUGUCUGGCAUUGUGUUCCUUGGUACCUGACUAUACCAUGGGCACUCUGCUAGGAUCCUCUCCUCUGAGGAGAGGUGGGAAACCACAGGCAGAUGCCCUUUGCUUGGGGUUGGGGGGUGGGUGGGGGGA